ACACACACCUGCAGUCACUCCGUCCGGCCAAGAAAAUUGAUUGCCUGCUUCACCAUCUCCAUUCGUAAUUCGCAGUUAAAUAGUUCGGCUAGACCCAUGAGAAUACACGAAACUGUCCAAUCGAUCGACAACCUGAGUGCAAUGGCUGACCCUGACGCUCAGUCCAUGCGCGACUGUAUAGUCCUCUCCAUCAUCGAUGUGUUUGGGAUCUCUUACUUCUACCUCUUUAUGAUCCAUUUCUUACUCUUCCACUUCCCCUCAUCCCCGGCAGAGAUUUUAGUCGCGAUGUCUGUGCUCGUCUUCUGCGCGGGCGUUAUAAUCUGGUGCUUGUUGAGUCUCGUCUAUCGUGUUCUACAUGCUUUCCAGGGCAACGAUGCUGUCGAGUUGCAGAAGCUGGAGUUCGCAGGCGCUCUAGUUAUGAUCUGGACCGCUACCAUCCCCUCGGCGGUUUUGCUGUUUCGCACCCAGCCUUCUCUCCAGCUGGGAUACCUUUGUGCUUUUACCAUCCUGGCGGUCGGGACUCUGGUGGACUUUUUGAUCUGGGAUUCCAGUCAUGACGCCCGGUACAGGUUCCCGUACAUUUGCGUUUCAUUGGGCUUGCUGUCCCUGAUACCAAUCAUUCACUCCCUGACUGGGACGCCCCAAACUUCUCCGUCACUGGCGAUACACUAUGGCCGAUUCACCAUGUGGAACUCCCUUGGCGCCGCCUUUUACCUGCUUCGGCCGUUGGAGAGGACUGGUGCGGUUUCUGGCUGGCGGCCCAGUCUCUACGUCAUGCAUAUCGUCCUGGCAUACAGCGCUGUCACUUAUUCCAGAGUUAUUUUGCAUACGGUACUUGAAUACGCAGCUUAG